AUGAGGGCUGUCAGUUUUGUUAAAAGAUUACAGUGGGAAUUACCAGGUACUAUAUGUAGACAUGGACUAACAAUAGGAGAUGUCGAUAAUGAUGGAGAUAAUGAAUUAGUAGUAGGCACAGCAGAAGGAGAACUUUAUAUUUUUAAAGGAUCUGAAUUAUGGCAGAAAAUAACUGGCCUUGGACUUGUAACUAGUGUAGCUAUAGGUGAUAUUUUCAAUUAUGGAAGAAAUGCAUUGGUUGUUAUUUGUGGAGAUGGUUGGGCACAUAUUUUUUAUAGUCCAAGAUCUGUUAAUCCUAGUAAUGUACCAUCUUUAUUAACACAAUUACAUAAAGAAGAUGAACAAGACAAUCUUAAGACUCUUACAGAUAUUAGUACGAUUAUUAAUAUGAUAAGUUCACCAAGUUCAGAACACGUAGAUAAUAUUAGCGAAAUAAACGAAUUGUCUGGAAAAAUGGAAUGUGUACAUGUACAAAGAAUACCAACAAAUACAAAGGUAGUGUUGGUAGCUGAUAUUGAUAAAGAUGGUGCAAAUGAAAUGAUACUUGGAUUAACAGACCGUGUUGUCAGAUCAUAUAGGUGGUCCAGUAGUACAGAUUUUGGGACUGGAAGACUAGUUGGUUUAAAUAAAUGGGAAUGUGCUAAUCAAAUUGGAACAGUUACACUACAGCACUCAAAAGAUGGAACUCCAACAUUGUUAGUUGCCCAACCAGGUGGUACAUUCAUGCGAAUUAAGUGCAACGCAGAGGACAAUAGAUUAGAAAAUGAAUCCUGCGAAGGAGAUAGCGAAGUAGCCGCGAGUUGUGUCGAUUAUCAAACUUUAGGAAUAUCUAGAAUGCGUAAUCAAAAUAUAUCUACUGAAAUUAUAGGAGAUCUCGAAUCAGGAAUGAUGUCUUUGAUGGCAUCAUUGGAAUCUAAGGUACCAAAGAAUAUACAACAGGAUACUCCAGCUAAACAAUCUUUUAUCGAUGACAGUCAGUCAAGUUUAAGAAAUAUAAAGUCUUUAUUAGUUGAAACUAAAUCAAAUCAUUUUCAAUCAGAAUUCAGAGCGGGCAAUGUAGAUACUGCAGGCGUGGAUCAAGUGGACGGUAAUCUUGUGGGUGGUAACGUUAUUCUUGGAGAAUUUGAUUCUAAGCCGAAGAAAGAUCUGCCGUUACCGACAUACGAAGAUUUUUCUUAUAAUAAUAAUAAUAAUAAUAAUAAUAAUAAUAAUAAUAAUAAUAAUAAUAAUAAUAGUAAUAAUAGUAAUAAAAACAAUAACAAUACCAACAACAACAAUAAUACAGAAGUACAAAAUGAAAACAAUAAGGAUGAUGAGUUAGAUGAAUCUAAAGAAAAUUCUUUAAGAGGAAAGCCAUAUGCUUUAGCCACUUUGGACGGUACUAUAAUGUUAGUGAAGGAUGAAAAUAUAUUAUGGGCAAUGCAAGUGGAUCAUCAGAUAUUUGCUCUUUGUCGUUUGGACGUGACCAACGAUGGUUCCGAUGAAAUAAUUGCGUGCGCCUGGGACGGUCAAACAUAUAUCUUAGAUCAACAAAGAAAUAGCGUACGUUUUCAAUUCGAAGAACCAGUUAGAGCAUUUUGUACAGGUUAUUAUAAUGUUGUACAACGUACUCCUACACCUUGUCUCGUCUACAAUACUUUUAAUAACAAAAUAUUCCUUUACUACGACGUGACGCUUCCAAAUAUGGUUAUUAGUCCAUUGAAUCCUAUUGUAGAUUUGGAUGAAAAAGAACGGAAAAUUUUGGAUGAAAUAUUAAACGAAUUGGAUGAAACUGAGAAACAACGUCGAAUGCAGCAACUAACGGAAUGUCACAUAUCCGGUGUAUCGUUGCUCGGCGUGCCCUCGGAGGUAUAUCAAUAUGGCAGCCAAUACGCAGCGUGCAUUUUCACGUCCUUCAUAACUUGCACAAUCAUUGCUUACAUCUAUUUACCAGUUUUCUUUAAAUUACAAUUGACUAGUAUAUUUGAAUAUUUAGAGAUUAGAUUUGCACGACCGGUACGAUUGCUUGCAUCCUUUUUGUAUUGCUUGUCUCUCAUUAUCUAUAUUCCCUUGAUCAUUUAUGUUCCCGCCUUAGCAUUUUCUCAAGCAACCGCGAUCAAUUUACAUCUGAUUGCUCCUGUAAUUUGCAUCGUAUGCAUCUUUUACACGACUAUAGGUGGCUUGAAAGCGGUCGUAUGGGCGGAUACGGUUCAAAUGACAGUAACCGUAGGAAGCCUGUUUGCUGUCCUCGUGUUAGGGAUCAGAUCCGUGGGCGGUGUUACUGAAAUUUGGAAAAUAGCGGACGAAGGUGGUAGGAUUGUAUUUUGGAACAUGGAUCCGAGUCUCUUCACUAGAAAUAGUUUAUGGGGUAUGUCGAUAGGCAUGACCAUGACAUGGCUUUCUGGUAUCGGUAUCAGUCAGGUUUCCAUGCAAAGAUUCUUGGCAGUACCAACGAUCACAGAAGCACGAAAAUCAAUAGCAUUUAUGGGAGUUGGUAUGAUAAUAAUAAAAUGGGUUUCGGUAUUCACUGGGCUUAUUAUGUACGCUAAGUAUUACAAAUGUGAUCCAAUAACAGCACAUGUAGUCGCAAGGAGCGAUCAAAUACUACCAUAUUAUGUUUUGGAUGUAGCUGCUAACGCUCCAGGUCUUCCUGGUCUUUUUCUUGCUGGUCUAGUUAGUGCUGGACUUGCUACCAUGAGUGGUGGAUUAAACACUACGGCGGGCACAAUAUACGAGGAUUUCAUUGAUCCUUGGAUGGCCGAUACUCCUGAGAAGGAGAAAAAAGCAGCUAUGAUCAUGAAGGUCACCGUAGUUAUCCUAGGCAUUAUUUGUGUGGCCAUGGUUUUCAUAGUCGAUCGUCUUGGUGACAUAUUUCAAGUGUCUAUGAGUUUGACUGGGAUUACGGCUGGCUCGAUGUUGGGUCUCUUCAGUUUGGGCAUGUUGGUACCAUGGGCAACGACAAAAGGCGCUGUAGUUGGUGGUAUAGUCUCUAUGGCCUUAAUGGUAUGGAUCAUUGGUGGUGCCCAAUGGAACAUGGCUCUUAAAAGAUUCAUUUAUAAACCGUUGCCAGCUUCGACUGCCGGAUGUUUCCUCGGAAAUGAAACUUCAAACAAUCGUACCACAAUAACGCCAAUUAAUUUAUCUGGACCUGACGUUGAAUACGAGCCUUUCAUUAUUUACACGAUUUCCUUCAUGUACUAUACCGCAAUCGGUUGUUUGAUUGUAAUGGUGAUUGGUACGAUCGUAAGCUUCCUUUGUGGAGCACCAGAUCUUAUCGAUGUUAAUAAAGAUCAUUUUCCACCGAUCAUUCGAAGAUUUCUACCACGCAAGAAAUAUACAGAAGUAUCAUUGCAUUCGGUACCAACAUCACUGAUGACUGAAAAAAGUGAAUUAAUGUCCUAAAAGGAUUUCAUAAGUUUUCUUGUUUCAUAAGUGCGGAGAAAUAAUAUAGGGGGACUAGGAAGAGAUGGGGGUGGGGAGAACUUCGAAGUCUACGAUAAUGAAAAUCUCGAAAGAUUAGGAUCAUCCAUCGCAGGAUAUUCGACGAAGAAACGAAAAGACUUUUCUUGCUUUUUUUCUUUUCUCUCCUUUAGCUGUUCCUUCAUUCUCAUUCUCUCUUUCUCUCCUAUUCUUUUUUCUUUCUCUCUCUCUUUCCCUCUCUCUCUCUAUCUCUCUUUUAGAGAUCUUUGUAUCUUGGUUAUAGCUCGACAGACCAGUCGCGAGUUUGCCUGACAACUGUACCUAACUGGUCCCUCCAGGGUUGAAAGCACCCAUUAGGUCCUCGAUGAGGGUGUCAAAUUGACUAGAUUAUAUAUCUCUCCCGUGCAUCUCAAUACAAACAAACCUCCCAAACAUCUGUAGGAACGAUUUCUAUCGGAUUAGAACGAAUGUAAAUGCAGUGCACGCCGAGAGGCAAUCGUCGAGUCGCUUUUUAAUCUGCACGUUGAUGAAUGAGUCGAUAGAAAAAACAUUUUUCAUUAUGUCUGUAUAUGCGUUUAACGUAUUUAAGUUAGUACGUCAUACGCACAUACGCAUGUAUGUGUGCGCGUGCGUUUGUUGUGUGUGUGUAUGUGUUCUCGUGUGCGUUCAUAAGAAAAAGAAAUAAAGAAAGAAAUUUGUAAAGAAUUAAAAAAGUUCAAAUAU